ACUACGCCAGUCUUUUUGUCGUUAUAAAAUGACAUGUUAACACUUAUUGAUUUGGUAUUUGUUUCUUAAAAAGAAAUAACAAUGGAAAUUCGCAUCGUCCUUUAUUACCAGUUACCCCGAAAUUACUUUGGUUUUCGCUGUUUCAGCUGUCCAGCCUACCCUCGGUUUCAGUUUUCAAAAGAAAACGCAAUAUUUUGGUGUCGCUGAGCUUGGGUCACCUUUUGAAAGACCCUGAUGCGUUUUGUUUGCGCUUUUCUUGUUUGUUUUUUGCUCAGACAUGGCUAGCAUCACUUCGAAUAGUGCAACUUCCAUAUCUGUCCGAUUCUCCUCUGAUACAAAUCGCCGAACAUAUUUCCCUGAUGCAGAAAAAGCAGCCAGUGACUUCGCGCUACGAGCAGAGCGUGAAUCUCUUCUUCCAGAUGUUGGAGCGCCGCUCCUGCUCGACUCCGCAGAUCAAACCGCAAUUUAUCUAGCGAUAGUGUGGCAUGCCGGGAUUCUGGGUGCCGCGAUGUACAAUGCGGAAACGGCUACAAUUGACCUUUUAAUGGACGUUCACGACAGUCCACCGUUCGAAAUCCUGCGUGCGCUGAUUGCCAACACCAAACCCGGUCACUUGAUUUUUGGUCAGAAUACGGAGCCCGACGUUAAGGAAUAUUUAAUGCGAAUCGGGCAAAACCAAGACGAUGUUCCAACAGAAGACGAAGUUCUUGACUUAACGAAAGCCGAUCCGCCACAGCUCAACAUCUUACCAAAUAAAGAUUUCGCACUGGGAUUGUGCAAACAGCGAAUCGAUCGGAUCCGCCUUCCUGCGAUGCCUGCACAUUUUGUAGAAGUCGAAUCCAUAAGGACCUAUCUCGCAAGCUUGGUUGAUUUCCGACGGAUCGCAAUGGUGCGAGCUCUCGGUGGACUUUUGCACUAUUUGGAUAAACAUCCUCCACAGACGUCGGCCACCGGCGAGAAUAAUCCUGCGGUCACGUUUCCCAUCGUAUCUCUGCGGAUGUUCUCAAUGGAAGAUUCGGUGUCGAUAGACGAAAAUUCGCAAAGAGCUCUACGGAUUUUCCAUGCAGAUACGCAUCCAUCGGUUUUUCAAGCCGGCAAAGCAAAAAAGGAAGGCUUGAGUGUAUUUGCGCUCUUCAACCGGUGUAAGAGCCCGACAGGAAGUAAAUUGCUGAGAUAUUGGUUUAAUCGUCCAACUCGAAAUUUUGCUGUAAUCCGCGAACGUCAUCAAGGCAUUCGGUUUUUUAUGAGCGACAGCAAUGCGGUUUUAAAAAAAGAAUUUGAGAAGCUGCUAGGAAACAUCAAAGAUGUCGCGCGCUCGCUGGGAAGAAUGGCCAAAGGUGCAUCGACAUUGGCGGACUGGUCAGCCUUGCAAAAAACAGCAUCAUGCGCUUUUGGCAUUGCUCAACUUAUCAGCGACGAAAGUAUGCCGCAAGAUAUCGAAAUUUUCGGCAAGAUUGUAGAUAAUUUUACCGGCGACUUGGCUAGAGUCGCUAAAAUAAUUGAAGAAGUGAUUGAUUUCGAAGCUUCGGCUAUGGAAGAACGGUUCGUGGUGAAUCCCAACAUUGCUCCAGAACUGGACGAAUUAAAGCAAAUGCUGCAUAAUCUAAAUGAAACGCUGACAUAUAUUGCUGCAGAAGAAUUAGUGAAAAUGACCGAUGGCGCUCGUGAAAUUCGAGUCACAUAUAUUCCACAUUUAGGAUAUCUUACGGUCCUACAAGAGACCGAAGAUCUUGCUCAAAGUAAUUAUGAGCUACCUGGAUUGGAUUUCGUGUUCAAAGCGAAAAAUGGAUUGUUUUACAAAUCGGACCGAAUGCGACAACUGGACGAAGAGUACGGAGACAUAGUGCCGAAAAUUCACGAUUGCGAACAAAUCAUCAUGAUUCAGUUACAAGAAAUUGUUCUCCGUUAUUCUAAACUGUUCUUGGAUGUAAUGAAGCAUACCGCUGAACUGGACUGUGUAAUUGCUAUCGCUUCGGUUGGAUCAUCUCGUUCUCGUUCGUACUGCAUUCCCGUUAUGGGAGAAGAUGUGGGAAUGGAAAUUAUGAAUGCUAGGCAUCCUUUGCAAGAAUUUUAUGUUAAUUCGUUCAUCCCAAAUCAUAUUCACGUCGAACCAAAUAAAGGACGAAUAACCAUUGUCACAGGACCUAACAUGAGUGGAAAGAGUGUUUACCUAAAGCAAAUGGGGUUAAUCGUGUUUUUGGCACACAUUGGAUGUCCAGUUCCAGCGGAGCGUGCAAGAAUCGCAUUCGUAGACAAAAUUUUCACGCGUUUACUAACCGAAGAAACUGUUGCGCUGCGGCAGUCAGCCUUUCUGAUUGACCUUACGCAGGUGGCCUUUGCUGUAAAUUAUGCAACCCGUCGAUCCUUGAUUAUUUUGGAUGAGUUCGGAAAGGGCACGCGGGCCACUGAUGGAUUGGCCCUCGUUGCAGCUAUUUUGAACCACUUUAUUUCUGACACGCACCCACGCCAGGCAGAACCUUCGGACACUGCCCAUGCAAAAAAUGCAUCCCUUCCGGCACGAAAUAGUGAGACUUCUUCUCAAACAGCAACGCCGAUCAUCUUCCUUGCUACCCAUUUCCAUGCCUUGGACGAACUGGUACCACCUUCGGAUAUUGUUGUUUAUAAAAAAAUGCAGCAUACGACCGCCGACGGUGGCCAGAUGGUAUUCUUAUUUAAAGUGGAUAACGGCAAAUCUAGCGCAAGUCAUGCAGUAGAAAUCUCCAGAUUGGCUGGAUUCCCUCAGAAAAUCGUAGACCGAAUCCAUGAAGUCGCAGAAAGCAUCAAGUGUAACCGAGCGAUCAAACCCGUUGUCAGUUUGCGAAAAACUGCGUUUUGCGAAAAGGCGAACGCCAUUAUGAUGAAACUCCUGCAGUUCGAUCCAGUAGCGGAAGACGGAAGAGCAUUUCUGGAUAAUAUUAGUCAAUUCGUUCGAAAUUCCGAUGAAGUGUAGGCUCCAACAUUUUUGUUAGCCAUUGUGCCCAUUCAGAUAUCCUUGAUCCGUGAAGAAGCUUUUUUAUGUUGUACGAACAGACCUGUGUCAGUGUGCUAAAGUAGGUAUUAAUAUGUAAACUACAAUAUCGGUAUAUAUUCUAAAUAUGCGCAUAUUGCAGUAUAAUUAGAAAUUAGUAGCAUACAGAGCUCUGUACUUACUGCGGUAGAUUUGUCUGCCAUUCGUCAUUUUUGUCGUUUUGCGUUAUUCAACCUUACGCUGUUAAGACUAUAGUUAAAAAAAUAUUUUUUCCUGUUAACUCUCAGUUCUGAGGUAAUAAAGUACACA